AUGAACCCUUUGACACAAACAGUGAAUAAGCUAAUACAACAUCCUGAUUAUCGACGAUCAAUAUGUCAAUUGUACAAGGAACUACUACGAAAAUCGUAUAGACUUAAGAAGCUGAAUAUUGAGAAUGCUUCAGUAUUGUUCGAAGAGUUCAAAGUUGGCAUGUAUGAAUCCUUCAAUAAGCAAUACACCAACACAUAUCAAAUGACGCAAGCAUUGAUGAAGGGCAUCAAGCUUAAUAGUGUACUAGAUGAUGCUUUGACCAAAGGAAACCACGACAAGCUUACAAGCUGGGUACAUCAACAUCGAAAGGAAUAUUUUGAGUGGACUCAACGUCGAGCAUCAUUUUUGCAAAACCGCAAAGAAUUGGAAGAGAAACGAAUCGGUUCCCUAAGAGGCAGAGAAAGCUCGCUUGCUUCGUCUCGUAAACGAGGUAAAACCAAACGCAAGCAACUAGCGCUUUCCACGGGUGGAAGUGUUGAUGACUUUAUCAAUGAAGGUUUGGAAACUGCUUUCAAAAAUGGACAGUUUUUGAUUCUACGAUAUCUCAACCAACUACAAUAUGCUGAAAAGAUACCCAAUCCUCACCUUUUACCAUAUACCCCAGAAACUUUGCAAACAGAGGGAAAUCAGUACAACUCACAUCAUGUAAUAAAAGGACUGACUCAAAAAGUCAUUGAUCAAUCCUUUGACAAAGAGUACAUUGAGUCGAUCAUUAUUCCAUCCCUCGUGUUUGAUUUAAAUGAUAUGAACAUGGAGAAAAUUACCACCAUUGUUAACGAGAAAGGUCCUUAUCAAGCAGUGGCUAAGGAAAACAAUUCAGGAACUGUGCCACUACCGUACAUAUUAUCUCCGUUCAAGCACAAGCCAGGACGUAAGCAUAUUGCACAUUUGAUACGUCAGCAAGUCUUGUGGUCUCGGAUAAAGAAAGUAUGGGAGACAACGCAUGAAUUGGAAGAAGAGAAUAUGAGUAAAGAUGGAAGUUAUCCAAUUAGAGGUUGUCGUGGGUUUGGUGCCGAAGAGUUGAUGAAACCAAGACUAUAUUAUGAGAAUCUAUGUCAAGGGGAAGAAAUGUUUGAACUUUUCUGUGAGAUUGAACAAAAAAGAUUGGAAGGCAGAGGUGUCAAUGAGGAGAUUGAUUUAGAGCAGUUUAAUUGGACCAAAGACUUGGACAUAGUGUCUGAUGAGAUUACAGCAAAGUAUAGGCAGGUUUUAUCAAACUCAAAGUUGGACUUGUCUGAGUUGCAACAAAGUUUGCAACAUCGAUACAAUGAUGGAUACAAGGACUACGUGGAAAGAUUUACCAAGUUGCUUAAUCAGUUAAAAAUCUUCAAUGUGUUCAAACACAGUGAAAUUGUCGCACCACCAAACACCACUGUACUCAAAAGUGACGUCAACAAUCUUGUCUUGGAUAAAUUUCCCACAGAAGACAGAAUUGGUCGCGGCCAAACGUUGGGAGAUUUCUUGAAAGCGUGUGGUUUUCCUUAUUUUGAGUUUGGAAAUGAGUUGAGAAAGAAAAUUAAUGAGAUCAUGACUAAAAUUGUACAUAGAUAUUGA